GCAGGAUAACAGUGUACACUUUAACCAAGGGAAAAUAUCUCUGCGAACGGAAUACGUCCAUCUGACUGCUAACUUCGCUUACGGAUUUGUGCAUGACAAGGACUUCGUGUUGAAAGAGGAAACAAGCGUUCACACACACACACACACACACACACACACACACACACACACACACACACACACACACACAUAUCCCGCAUCAGCUGCACACUCACUCGGGAAUUUUUUUUCCUCGAGAUUCCGUCCGAUGACCUGUAUUUGGACACACAGGAACGAGCCAAUGAGCGGCUCCGGAAGUUACUGGAUGGCCGUCCUGCUCUUCAGCAGCGUCAUCGCUGCAGAGGCUCGGCCCAGCACGGAUACGCUCGCUCCUCCGGACUAUCGACCGCUUGUUAGAUUCCGACACAAGCAGGAUGGGAUCCCGGAGAGUUUGCAGAUUAAGGGAUUGUAUGGGCCUAACAGCAUCCUAAAUGCCUGUAAGCAUAAGUACUGUGGUCUGGGGAAGCACUGUGUGGUGGACUACGCGAGUGGUGAGGGCGAGUGCCAGUGUCUGGAUCGCUGCAAGCCUCACUACAAACCUGUAUGCGGAUCUAAUGGAAAAUUCUACCAGAACCACUGUGAGCUGCACCGAGCUUCGUGUCUGGCUCAUGAAAGAAUCACCAUUGUACACAGCGAAGAAUGCUUCUACAAAGAUGAUAACUGUCGUCUCGUCGAUUACAAGAAACUGAACAGCAAGGUGUUGAACCUUCACGCUCUUCGCUUCCUACCAUCAGGAGCCCAGGACAGCUAUGUGAAGGACAUGGCAUCCAGGAAACAUGUAGUAGACAUGAUGUUCAAGCGCUUCGAUGCCGACGGAAAUGGACAAGUGGACAGCAGUGAGCUUUCACAGGUCAUCAAACAAGAAGGUUUGAGAAGCACAGAAUCGGAGUGCACGCUGUUCGACAUGCUCAAGUACAACGACAUGGAUGACGACGAGCACCUGAGGAAGGAUGAGUUCUAUUCUGCUUUUGACGUGUACGAGCUGAGGCUCGCCGAGGAGCAGAAGCUGAUCGUCACCACAAUCACUGUGGGUCAGAGCGUCGUGCUGACGUGUGCCAUCGCGGGCGAGAGGCGACCGCCAAUCAUCUGGAGGCGCAAUAACCACACGCUCAACACGCUACAGCUGGAGGAUAUCAGUGAUUUUGGUGAUGAUGGAAGUCUGUACAUCACCAAGGUGACCACCACUCACAUGGGGAACUACACCUGCCAUGCUGAGGGAUAUGAGCAGCUUUUCCAGACACACACCUUGCAAGUGAAUGUUCCUCCUGUUAUCCGGGUGUAUCCGGAGAGUCAGGCACGUGAACCCGGAGUCACAGCCAGUCUGAGGUGUCACGCCGAGGGGAUUCCAGAUCCACAGCUGUCCUGGCUGAAGAAUGGCAUGGACAUUUCUACUAAACUGUCCAAACAGCUCACACUACAAGCUAAUGGGAGCGAAGUGCACAUCAGUAACGUCCACUUCGAGGACACCGGCGCGUACACCUGCAUCGCCCGUAACGAAGCCGGUGUGGACGAAGACAUCUCGUCUCUGUUCGUAGAGGAUUCUGCACGCAAGUCAUUGGCAAACAUUCUGUGGAGAGAGGAAGGUCUGGGGAUUGGGAACAUGUUUUAUGUUUUCUAUGAAGAUGGCAUCAAAGUGAUCCAGCCAGUGGCCUGUGAGAUUCAGAGACACAUCAAACCCAGUGAGAAGCUCCUCAGCCUGCAGGAGGAAGUUUGCCCAAAAAUGAUGGGAGAAGAUGUCCAGAGGUGUGUUUGGGCUUCAGCAGUGAACGUGAAGGAUAAGUUUAUAUACGUCACCCAGCCAAUGCUGAACAGAGUGCUCAUCGUAGAUAUCCAAACCCAGAAGGCUGUUCAGACUGUGAGCACAGACCGAGUCCCGGUGAAGCUCCAUUACGAUAAAUCACAUGACCAAGUGUGGGUUUUAAGCUGGGGGGAUCUGGAGAAGAACUUUCCGACACUCCAGGUGAUCAAGCAGGCUAGUUGUGCUACGUCCCACCACACCAUCCACACGCCACCGGUGGGCCACCGAUUUGACCGUGUGGAAGACUUCUUCAUCCCUCCAUCAAGCCUUAUCAUUAAUCAUAUCAGGUUUGGAAUGGUCCUCCAUAAGAAGGAGCCAGCACUGCAUAAGAUAGACCUGGAAACCACAGCUUAUGUGAAGAACAUCAGCUUACAGGAGUAUGACUGCAUUCCACAGUCUCUAGCCUACACACACUUGGGGGGUUACUACUUUAUCAACUGCCAUCCAGACUCGACCGGUGCCGUGCGUCCUCAGCUUAUCGUCGAUAGUGUAACAGACAAUGUAAUUGGGCCUAAUGGUGAUGUUAGUGGUACCCCUUAUGUCUCACCCGAUGGCCACUACCUAGUGAGCGUGGACGACCAAAAUGGCAUGAUGCGCCUGCAGUCCAUCUCAGUGCGCGGUGAAAUCAAGCGACCCUUCGACAUCCACACUAACCUACACCUCUCAGAUCUGGCCUUUAUGCCCUCAUUCACAGAGAUCCACCAGUACAACGUGUUUGGGAGCUCGGGCCAGCAGACAGAUGCCCUGUACGUAGAGCUCAGCACCGGCAAUGUCAAAAUGAUCAAGAGUCUGAAGCUUCCCACACCACGGAGUCAGUGGCGCUGGAACCGCAAGAAUCGGGCCAUGACCUCGAGCGGCCUCUUCGGACAGUAUCUCAUGACCCCUUCCCAGAGUUCGCUGUUCAUUCUGGAUGGAUGGCUGGACAAGCUCAACUGCGAAAUCACUGAUGUGCCCAAGGGGAACACUGUGGUGUGGGUGGGGGAGGCCUAGGCCAUCAAAAGAGGCUUUUGUGACCAACAAAACCAACAAAAACAAUUGCACUGAAUUUGGUCUGUGUUUAAUUCAUUGAGAGAGAAUCUCAAGUAAUGUGAAAAAAAUACCAAAUUGACUGUUCUAAAACACUGUAUCGGAUAAGGGAACUUUAUUCAAAAGUAGAGCGGCAAGUAUAUGCUUGUUUUUGUACGCACUGGGUAUGUGAAAUAGCUCACUAUUACUUAUUCCUUAAUUAGAUCCAAUUAGAUCCAAUUAGCCCUAGCAUUAAAAGGAAUUUUUUGCAAGAGCAUUUCAUUUUCCGGCACAACGAUACCUAUAAAUAUAUUCAACCAAUCAAUUUAAACGAUAGCAAAAUCAUUAUAUUUCUUGCAAAAAUUUACAUUGAGGAAAAUAUACUGUAGGUUUAUUCUAAACACAUUCAAAUAAUUAUUUCUUCCUAACCUUUCUUGCCCUGUCCAUCAAACACAAUCACAUACAUGUUCGGUCCCACAAUAUUUCCCUGUGCCUUGUACUCAUGAAGAAAUUCAAAGUAAUUGCUCCCAUUCGGACAGCGGAUAUCAGCCUCCGUGAAUUUCUUGCAAAAAGCUAAAAAAAAGCCAAUAACACUAAAAUUCCAUUUUAAACCUUUAAACCCCUCAGACUUUAUAUCUAAUUAAAUCAGGCACCUGCGGUGAGACAUCAAACCUUAGACGUCUGUUAUAAAGUCGGCACGACGUAUUUAAAUCUCUAAAUUAAGAUUUCGGACAUCAUAGGGACUCGGUGAAGAAUGUUCAGUUUCAGCUUAAAAGCUACGUCACGGGCCAUUUUGGAUUUAAGAAGACACAUAAAAGAAAAUUUCUUAAUGCUGGUAAGGCUGUGAAUGAAUUAUUUAUACAACUGGCUCAUAAAAAAAAGAUAGAUGAUUAUUUCUUGGCAGAAUGUAGCUUGUUUGCCAGGUUUAGGAACAGGCAAAAAAAAAAAUAACAGUUUUUGGGCUUCAGAGUUGGUUUUCAAUAAAUUCUACAGUGUGUAAUUUGGUGUAGUGUGUUUGGUUAGACAAGCUUCGUACGUCAUGGGUACAUCGAAGUGGAGAUUUGACUGAUUGAACAAAUCCUUGAGACAAGCAGAUAAACCUCCUUAGUGUAGUGAACAGGAAGCACAAAGAGGUGUGUGCACGUGAUGUUGAAUUUUCUCCUCGAUGGCCAGAGUCUAUGCAUUUUCACUGACACUUAAACCAGGAGGCUGUGCUUGGCUUAAGCUUUCGUCACCUUGUUUAUUCGCAUUUAUUCUACGUGUGCUAGAAAAAUUUGACUUCUUUUUCACCCUGUGUAUUUAGGCUUAAAUGUUGUUGUUUUUUUUCUCUCAAUUCUGGUUUAAGAGCGUUUUCACACUUGGCCUGAGCAUGGGGCCAGUUUUGGGCUUGUUUGGACUUCACAUCAAAUUGCUUUCUGAAUUGAGGAUCUAUGACUCUGUUCCAUGCAUCAGGCAGGUUUGCAAAAUGCUAGACACGAGUUUCAUCUAUUUGCUGCUUUCUUUUUAGCAUCUAAACUUAAUCAGCAACAAACAGAAUUGUUUGGCUGCCUGGCAUGUUGUCACACAGGAAUACCUCCAAAUAAGGAGCCAUUUCCAUAACAACCAUAAAAACCCUUUCCGGGCCAUCACCAACCUUGAAACAGGAAGUAACACGGGUCGAGACCGAUUAACUACCACACUUCAUGUGGUCCACACCACAAAUUAUUAGAAACGGAGGCAACUAUUUUCAGCAGUUUUCCAUCUUGGAAACAGCGUUCACACUCCACCAAGUGUGAAAACAACCUAAAUGAAUAUCCUGCCACUCUGUUAACCUUAUUUUUUCUGACUGAACACCAACAGCAAAAUGAAUUUCUGUAGUUUUUGCAUUCUGUACAUAGCAGAAAGCUCUGUCUCGUAGUUUCCCUAAAAUCAUCCUUUUUUAAAACAUUGUUCUUUGUUCCACAAAGAGUCCAUUUCUGAUGUCCCCUCCAGAUGUUUCAGCUCCAUGUAGCCAUGUUUAUUGAUUUUGUGUGCUUGUUAUUUAUGUAGAUAAACCAUGCUUGAC